AUGUCCCACUCGGCGGAGUCCAACUUUCAGACGUUGGUGCGGCGGCGUCAAAAUGUGGAGCCCAUUUUCCAUCCAAACCUGAGGCGCACGCUGGAGGUUAUCCGGCGACCCGACUGGGUGCAGCGGGCCGGUGAGGCAGUCGCCCAUCGCGGCUCCAUUGGGUUUGUUGGCCUCUUCGCCUUGAUGUUCGCCAAUUGCUUUGGUGGCGGCUACGGCUUUGAGGACACUGUUGGGGCGGCGGGUCCGCUGGUGACGCUGGUGGUGUGCCUUAUACUGCCCUGGAUCUGGUCUCUGCCGACUGGACUGGCGGUGGCGGAACUCUCCACAGCUGUGCCAAGCAACUCGGGCAUCCUCAUGUGGGUCAACGCCGCCUUCCCUGCCUCCGUGUCGUUUAUGUGCAUUAUCUCGACCGUGUUCAUCACGUUUGUGGGCAAUGCGACGUACCCCAGCCUUACCUCCGAGUACGUGGAUGGGCUGCUGGUACUGAACAAGGGCGGGGAGAUUGGGGUGAAGAUUGGGGUGAUUGCGUUUUGUUGUAUUCUCAACUGUGCCGGUGUCGAGAUUGUUGGCUCAGCCUGCGUGGUUGUGUGCGUGAUCGCGAUGAUGCCGUUUCUGAUAUUGUCGUUUCAGCAAAUUUUUACGCAUGGUCUUGAUGGUAAGGCCAUUUCCCACGUGGAUUUUUCCAGUAUUGACUGGCCAUCCUUUCUCAGCAUGGUGACGUGGAACUACGCGAACAUUGAGAACGCGGGGGCCAUGGUGGAGGAGGUGUCGAACCCGCGCACGACCUUCCCACGGAUGAUGAUACCGCUUAUGUUCUCCUCCUACAUUGCGUACCUCCUUCCCAUGCUGGCUGGCGUCAGCGCGCUUGGACCACAUCAGAACUGGUCGGAGUGGCAGGCAGGGCGCUGGCCACAGAUUGCCCUUAUUAUUUCAGGUGAGUGGCUUAAGUACUACUUGUUUGCUGGGGCCAUCGUAAGUGGGCUGGGCUUUACGCUGACGUCGAUGUGCUGCACCAGCCGGUUGCUGGCGGGCAUGGGUACGAUGGAGAUGUUUCCCAAGAAGAUCUCACGCAUCAUUGGGUACUACCACCCCACCAUUGGCACGCCGAUACCUGCCAUUCUGCUCAACUCGACGGUGACAAUGAUUUUCUGCAUUUCCAUGGACUUUGGGGAGGUGGUGGCGAUGUGCCAGUCCCUCUACUGUCUGCGCAUGCUGCUUAUCUACGCCUCACUCAUUAAGCUGCGCAUCGAUCACCCAAAUCUGCCGCGGCCCUAUGCCCUGCCAUGCAACACGGCUGCCGCCGCUAUGUGUCUCGCGCCAUCAGCCAUUUUUUGCAUUGCCGCCGCCAUCGUUUCCGCCAUGGUGUCUCUCCCGAUCGGGUUGUCGGUGGUCUGCUUCCUCAUCGUAGGGAGCGGUGGGUCGUACCUGUACUGCCGCUACAUCGCUCGCAACGGCUUCCAGGGCGUUAUUGUGAACUGCGAGGUCUCCGAUGACGAUAACAACUCCGCCGACAGCAACGGGGAGGGCCACGAGAUUGGCCGCGGCAUCUUCUACAACGACGGCCACCCCGAUCGCCACGGGGAGCGCCUCCUGGGCAUUUUCCCCACGGCUCUUCCGUCGCCGACCGAAGGAGAGGAAUUGUCUACAGCGGAGAGAGUCACGGCAGAGCCUAUGGAUGAGUUUGGCAAGAACAAGUUUGGUUGCUCGCCUCCAACAGCAGCGAUGUCCACAUUUGACAUGCACCGUGAGAUCACUGGCGUCCGCGAGUUCUUAAACGGUGACGGCAACAGUGAUGAGAGGCGGCUGGCCCAUCCCGACAGUGAGAGGCGCGGGUUCUCAGGCUAG